AUGGAGUACAAGAGCCAGGCCCCGUCGGGGCCGACCAUCUCACCUCGAAUUAUUAUCCAUGGCGGCGCUGGGAAUAUUAGCCCAGCGACAGUGCCACCUGGAAAGUACGCCCUCUACCGUGAGGCCUUGUUAAAUAUUAUAGGCAAGACGCACACCCACAUGACUACGCCGUCAAAGGCAACUUCUCCGUCCCCCCACUUGCCCUCGGCCCUCGAGACGGCCACGUACGCUGUAACUCUCCUCGAGGACAACCCUCUCUUCAACAGCGGUCAUGGUUCCGUCUUCACGCGCGAUGGCAUUAAUGAGCUCGAGGCAAGUGUCAUGGUAUCUCGCGGCUUCGCAAAGCGUGGCGUCGGAGUAACGGGACUGCGGCGAGUGCGAAACCCAAUAUUGCUUGCUCGGGCGAUCCUGGAGCACGGUGAUGCAGAUCUUAGUGCGAUGCGUAGAACAGAUGGACCCUGUCUUGAUGUCCCAUCAGCACAAGGGCAUUCCCUUAUCCACGGCCGAACGGCGGAGAUUCUCGCCGAGAGGUAUCAAUUACCUCUGGUGGAGCCCGAGUACUUCUUCACACAGACCCGGUGGGAUGAGCACUUGCGCGCCUUAAAAGACGAGAGAAACGGUAAAGCCCUUGAUGCUACAUGGAGCUGUGAUAGCUACUUGCCUCAGGGUACAGUGGGUGCGGUGGCACUCGAUGCCGACGGCAUAGUCUGCGCGGCUACAAGUACGGGAGGAAUGACGAAUAAGCUGACAGGAAGGAUUGGUGACACACCCAUGGUAGGAGCCGGCUUCUGGGCCGAAGAGUGGAUAGAUGGCCGAGGCUUCGCCAGAGAUAUGUGGCCAGACAGGACGCGGAGGGGUCAUGGACCUAUUGUCAUGCUUUCGGAGUCGCUAAAGGGCCUCAUGGCUGACUGUCUUCCCACCCCGUUCAUGUACAACCCCGUCCCUCCAGGAGAUGGCGACGCCUCCCCUCUUAUCACAACUCGCUCUAUAGCGGUGUCGGGCACUGGUAAUGGCGAUUCGUUUAUUCGCGUAGCUGCUGCGCGCACAGCUUCGGCCAUUGCGCGAUAUUCUGGGGUAUCCUCAACCAACGCAGUGCAUAGGGUAGCCGGCCCUGGUGGCGAGCUGCAGAAGAGCGCCGGUAAUCGAUGGGGUAUUACAGGAGAAGGCCAGGGCGGUAUGAUCGCUAUCGGCUGCACUGUCGUUGGAGACCCGGAGGGAAAUGCUAUUGCGGCCAGAGGAGAGAUUAUAGAAGACUUCAACUCAGGCGGAAUGUUUCGCGCAUGGAUCGACGAGGAUGGCCGCGCUGUGGCGAGAGUCUUUCGGGACGAUGUGCCUGUUUCAGACUGUUAA